GACGGGACAGGACAAGACAGGAUACCGUCGAAAAGUGAGCCUGCCCGACAGACGAAAGUCGACUGCCGUUCUGUUCGGUGCGGGAAAUCGUGAAUGGUUUCGCAGUGGGCCCGGAGAGAACCGUCGCUUUGGAUAGCAGCAGCUGCAGCUGGGGCUCGCAAGGUCCUCUGGGAUAGCUAGGGACUAUUGGGACCCCGGGUGAAAAGAAGUGCUUACCGUGCAUACGGAUAGGUGUUCGGAACGACCGAUUGGUGAUUACUGGCUGGAAAUGGGUGGAUAAUUCUGGAAUUUUCGCACCAGCUCAGUGGAUUGCGGGAGUGAUUUUAGUGUUCGAAAACCAGUUUCUGGCGUACAUGGAAAAGUUUUGCAGAGCUGAGAUCCAUUAAAUACUCCACAAAAUUCUUCGAAAAUCGUGUUUUCGGUUACAGUGUUUAGUGACAUAAGUCUCGGAGAAAUAUGAAAAUUAAUUCUAGGUGAUUGUACAAAAAGAAAAGUAAAUGUAACCUGUUUGUCCAUAUAAAGUUCAUAUAUCACAACCCAGUAAGGAUUAUUCCAGUUCAGUAAAUUAACCCCAACAACCUAUGCGCUGCAAUUGCAUAGUUCAACGAAAGUCACUCCGAAAUGCCCUUAAAACGGAAAUUGUGUAAUUAAAGGCUGAAUAAAACCAAGGAUUCUUUUGAAUAGUCUCAGUGUUCAAGAAAAAUAACAAAAUGGCUGCCUUCGCUGCAAUUAAGGAUCGAGCUUCCAACGUGUUUGGCGGAUUCGAGAAGUUCCAGAUGCCGCCGCAGCACGGGUACGAUCACAUGGGAGGUACCGGCGACGGGCCCACCUACGUUCCGGCAGACGACGGGGACGGUGAUUCGCCGGUGUCGUUCGAGGAAAUCGAGCGGCCACCUUUGCGUCACAUUGACAAGUACGUCCGGGCGGAGUGUCCCUGUAUGAAGACGACCCGUUUCACGGUUGCUCUGAUGACCUGCAUGGGGUUCAUCAUUUCCUUCGGCAUGCGGUGUAACAUGGGCAUGGCCAAGCUGCAGUUUGAGAACGGGGAGGUCAAGUACAACUGGACCGUUGCCAUGGAGAGUGCCGUCGAUUCGUCCUUUUUCUGGGGCUAUCUGGUGACUCAGGUCCCAGGUGGUUUCCUAGCGUCCAUGUUCCCGGCAAAUCGUAUCUUCGGUACCGCGAUUGCCUGCUCGUGCUUCCUCAAUCUGCUAGUGCCAGGUGCGAUGAUGCUCCAUCCGACGGUGGUAAUCCUGGUGCGUGUACUACAGGGACUGGUUGAGGGUGUAACGUAUCCCGCUUGCCAUGGUAUCUGGCGAUUUUGGGCUCCCCCAAUGGAGCGGUCCCGGCUGGCAACCAUGGCCUUCAGCGGUUCGUAUGCCGGUGUCGUGAUAGGGAUGCCCAUGUCUGGUAUCCUAACCGGGUGGAUCAGUUGGCAUGCACCCUUCUAUUUCUACGGUUUGAUGGGACUGGUGUGGUACUGCUUCUGGCUUUGGUUGUCGUUCGAGAAACCGCGCCAGCAUCCGACAAUCACGUUGAAAGAAUUGAAAUACAUCGAAAAAUCCCUGGGCGAAUCGGUCCAGCUACCAAUGCCGACAAUCGCCACAACGCCUUGGCGGGCAAUGGCCACCAGUUUGCCUGUGUACGCCAUUAUUGUGGCCAACUUUUGCCGCUCGUGGAACUUCUAUCUACUCGUACUCUAUCAAAGUGCAUAUCUUAAGCAUUCGUUUAAAUUUAGAAUCGAAGAGACUGGCAUUUUAGGAGCACUUCCCCAUUUACUCAUGACAAUUAUCGUACCAUUCGGUGGAAUGCUUGCCGAUUUCCUGCGCAAAUCCGGAUUAAUGACCACGACCAACGUCAGGAAGCUGUUCAAUUGCGGAGGAUUCGGAUUGGAGGGAUUAUUCUUUUUAGUCGUAGCGCAUGCAACGAGUCCCAUGGGAGCAGUAACCGCACUCACAAUUGGUGUUGCCUGCAGUGGAUUUGCCAUUUCGGGCUACAACGUAAACCAUCUGGACAUUGCACCGCGCUAUGCUAGUAUUUUGAUGGGCAUGUCUAAUGGCAUCGGAACCAUCGCCGGUCUAAUCUGCCCCAUAGCGAUAGAUCACUUGACGAGAGGACAGCCAAAAUCCUGUUGGUCCACAGUGUUUACGAUAGCUGCCACGGUUCAUCUGGUUGGCAUCACAUUCUACGGCAUCUUUGCAUCUGGAGAACUGCAACCAUGGGCCGAACCAACGCUAGACGAGCAGAAAGCUUGGGACCCGAUGGCCACCGGGUACGAGAAGGAAACGACUUUCAACGAUCCUGGGGGAGCCGCCGGUGGGCUCGGAGCAGCCGGGCCGGCGACGAUGGACCCGUCGGCACAAAUCAACAGCACCAAAACCGUGAGCUACGGUGCCAUGUCCCACGUGGCCGGCAAUCCGUUUGCCAAUCCGAACGCCUUCAGCGAGGAAGCGGUCCAGCCCGAGGCCAAAGACUCCUACUUACACGGCAAUCCGGUCGAACGUUCGUAUUGACCUGCGCGACUGAAGAAAACCGUAACGUUUAGCUUGAGUUAGAGAUAGUGUGGAUGGAGGUUUGCCCCCGUUGACGAUUGGCCAAAGCGAAAAUAUAGCAUUUAGAAUGCUGAAAUGUUAGAAAAGUACCGGUGGGAAAAUGACCUGGUCAGUCGUAAUCAAGGAGUGUUCUCUUCGUUUUCUUGUGAUCUUAGGUAGUUUCUCUCCUGGUAUCAACAAGUUUCUUCGGUGUAAUGGCUAAGAAGUACGUAUUAAAAUUCAGCAUUGAACGGUGAUAUAUCACAACACUAACUAUAGUUUAAUUCGAGUAACUGAAGUCGUGGAAAAUGAAACAAAAAUUUACCCUGCUUAAGCAAUUACAAUUUAGAUAGUGCUAGCUAACAAAGUAUUGAACGACUACGAAUAACAUCAAAAUUAUUUUAGAGAACAGAUCUAAGAAAAUUCUAUUAAAUAUUCAUAUUAACAUCCAAUGAAUCGAUUCAAUAACGGACAAGUAACUGUAAAUAUUGCUGUGAAAUUGUAGCGACACCUGUUGAAAGCUUUACAACGGCUGGAAAAUAUCAAAACCACUACAGUUAAGCAUCGUGUACAUUGAUAAUGAGUGCAAUAGCUGUUCUAGACCACUAUUCCAUUAGUAGAAGAUCUCCCGUACAUUGUUUCUGUCUCUCCGUAGAACCGGCCCCUCUAACCUUUCUGUUUGGGUUUGUAAAAACGAUAUUUCUUUCAACUAAAAGAGUCAAUUUCAAACUUGUACACAUAACAACAACACGGUUCAGUAAGAAUGUAGAUUCCAGUGCAACAAUUAACUGCAAAUGUGCGCAGUUAUGCCGGGGACAUAUGUGCAAAUGUUAUUUUAGAAAUAGGUAAGAAAGCGUGAAACUAUAGAAUGGUAUUAAUCAUGCCCAAUCUUACUGUUCAGUUAAAAAUUACUAGAAAGUUUUGUUUCCAAUCGCCGGGUAACCAACCGAGUGCUGAUCAUAAUAGUAGACAAAAGGGAGCUGUUACUGUAAUAACUGUACCAAGAAAUUGGUUUAUUUUGUUCCAGUCACCCAUAAAAGACAAUUCGGUACUAACAUGUGAUUAGGGCAUAUCGUGCGAUAUGCCCUUUUGAAAGUUACGAAAAAUAAUGCUCAUUACUCAAGUUUUAAACAUGAAAUUCAAGCAUAUUGCGCACAAUUUCGUAGAUUGGGCUUCUACCUACGAGAUUAUAUCGAUUAUUGUGUAAAUGAAGGCUGUAGAGCCGAGCAAUGAGCAUUAUAUUUUGUAACAUUCGCAAGGGCCUAUCGUGCGAUAUGCCCUAAUCACAUGUUACUACCGAAUUGUUGUUUAGCGCCCAGGUUGUUUCAACUAAAACGUUGUUGAGGUCAGUGCAGUAAAAUUUCAUUCAAUUCAAUUGAAACUGAAUGUGAAACACAUUGACGAUCUCUCCACUGCAGUAAACUUCAAUCUCUGACACACACAAUGUUUGCUGACGGCCCGAACGAGCAGCAUUUAGUUCAUCACUUGUUUCUCUUCAAUCGAGGCUCAGUUUAACCACCGUCAGUUGAUCUCUUGAAGUAACAAAAUAUUUCUUUCAAUAGUGUGAAAGCAGCCUUCAAAUGAGGUUCAUGAAAACAUUCGAAUUGGUUCAAGAUAAUAGAUGAAAGACUAAUCAGAUAGAUGAAAUAUCAAUCACAGAAUACACAUAAAUUAAUUGUUUCCUCCUUCAGUUUUCAUUUUUAAUACUUUACUCCAUUUAUAAUUCUAUUCGUUCGAAUCUGCUUACUACCAAGAGCGAAGACAAUGAAGCAGCUAUACUACUUGGCACUUGAAACUGAGCAAGCAAAACUUCAAAUGACUAGGUACGACUAUUCAACUGACGAUGAAUUCUGGGAACUUCACUUGAAAAUGGCAACAAAAGUCAAAUGAAUUAGUAGGGAUACGCUGACGGUCAGCGGCCAUAAAUUUCAUUUUCAUCUUAUAUUAUUCGAUUGAAAAUGAAAUUUUACCGCACUGGUUGAGGUAAACGAAAUUGCUGUGUUCAAAUGCUGUCACUUGGUGGAGAAUGAAGACAGCAAAACGCAAAACAAAAAUCCUCUUCAUUUCACCAGAAACGUUUCAUAUUGAAAUAUUGCAAUGGCAAAUGAAUGUCAUUUAUGUCAGUUACGUAGUGGCCGUUUCAUGUGAGUAAAAGUAUGCAGAAGAACAUAAGAGUUAAUUGUAAAACCAGUUAUCCGUGUACUGGAUACACUAUAAAUGUUUUAAUUUCAUCUGCGAGUAAUGUAUUUUCGGACAGUUCAUUUCAAUAUAAUUAAAAACACUUAACGCCUAAAACGUGCUACUAAAGUAAAGUGAUAGCAUUUGUAUUUUCUUGAAAGUCCAGAUUUGGCUUGUAAGUAGCAUUCUUGAAAACGGAAUCAAAAAAGCUCUUCCAGUGAGCCAUUCUGCAAGUGGAGGAAACAUUUGUUAAUGCCCUGUGAACAUUUUGCUGGUGAAUUCCCUCUUGGGAAUUAUAAUCUUUUGUCGAAUUUCUAUAUGAUCUAUGAGUUUUGUGAGCAGCCUACUUAGGUAAAAUUUCGUUGUUCAAACGGUAAACAGAAUAAUUGGUUAAAACAACAUUUUUGUUCUCAUGCAUACAGUUAGUUUUACUGGGAUUGUAUCAUUGCUUUGUUGCUCGAGUGACACCUGAUUGAAACGUUUAAUUUUUCACUUAGAGUGUAUGUCAUUGCUCAACUGUAACGUUUCAUUACUCAUUUGUAGUGCGUGUCUUUGCUGGGUCAAGUCUUGGCAUUACAUUCCUGUCGUGGAAUUUAACCUUUCUGUUUCAACAGACUUCACAACCGAUUCUUAGCGUACAGAAUCAUUGCAUGGCUAGUACUAUGGGUAAUAUUGACACUAAGAAUCCUUCCAGGUCGGGGCUCGACCAUACGACAGCUGGCUUGUAAGACCAGCGUCCUAUGCAUUGAACCGCCAACCCGGGACAAUCUGGCUGGGUGUCACUGCUAAACUGCCAUUAAACGAACAAUUGAUUAGUUGUACCAAAUGUUAACCAAUCAAAUUCAGAAAAAAACAACUAACAUUUUAGUUGUUUUGCGAUCGCUGGCUUUUGCGUGUAGUUUCUAAAUUUCACUGCGAAAAUGGUAUCUAAUCUCGUGUAAACAGUUGAAAUAUGUUUCAAAUUUUUAAUAGCAGAGCGCUCGGUGAAAGUUUCGGAGAACAUAAAUUUACCAAAAGAGCAUUUUUUUUAAUAAUAUAAUCUUGUAAGCACACUGAUCGAGUUCUAAGAUACUGGGACAUAUAUUUACCAAGAGAUGAAAGCUGUCACAAUUACUGAACAUUUAAGUAAAAAUAGGGUCUAUGUCCAGCUCGGUGCUAGAAGUAGCUGCCGGGUUGCCGGGCUUACAAAAAUUUACUGGGUUGACGACGAAAGAUUCAUAUCGUUUCAACGAGAGACGCAAAACUGACGAUCAAACGGAAAACGUGAGAUAAUGAGUUGGGAUUAUGAUAAUUAUGAAAAAAAAAUCCCCAGAGACAAGACUUGAACUGUCUAACCUUCUCCUGAGUUUUCUGGAACUGUUUUUCCAAUUUUACUAAGAUUGCCGUACUUUAGGGCAUAGAUAAUUGUUAUCUUGAACGUCUUUAUUAUAUACAUACUCCAUCCAGGCUUAUCCGUAUUGAAUUCGGAUAUCUUUUUCAGGAAAUUAGUUCAACUAAUUGUGCACACACGAUUUUCACAAAUUCAUCGAAAUUGGUAGAGGCCUGCAGAAUGUUAGACCGAGCAAUGAAAGAGCGGUGUUUUUAAAAUAAGUAAUAAGAUUCGUCAAGACGUCGUUUGAUAUUCGAAAAGAGAAUACAAAUUCAUUCUUCUCUACAAAUGGUCUCCAAACUUGCAAAAAUAUGAUAGUUUCCAUAAUACCUCCAUUUGAAUUUGCUCUGUAACGCAUAAUUAUGCACAGACAUUCUGACACUUUGUGUUAACUGUAUACCGAUAGUUGAAGUCUGCGGAGUUUUAAGCUCGUGAAGUCGGAAGAACAGUUGAUAAAGAUUGAGCUACAAUGACGAAAUCACAUUUUACAUUUCGAAAUAACCAAAUCCAUAGUUUUGAAUCAAAGCUUGUGUUUAAAUUGAAAAAAGUACAUACUUCUUGUUUAUAUGCAUACAGUGAUGGCAUUUCACUAGAGUGAUACAAGCUGGUGUAAGAUUUAUGUCUACACUGGGGAUGCAGUCAGCGAACACCAAACAAAAAGGAAAGCGCAUUUCUUCUCAGUGUCGAAUAGACAAACUUUGAGUAUGUGAUUGUGUUUAAAGAAGCUGGUUCGAGUGAACCACAUUCUCUUCGCAUGAAUCGCUCUAGCCUAAAUACACCCAAGUGAUACAAGUGAUGUGCGUACUUGUAAAAGAACACUUCUGUGAUUUUUUUUUUAUUUAUAGAAGAUAGCGCUGACCUUGCUAUGAAAAUCUGUUUUCGCAGCAAGGAAAAGCAAAAUUUGAACGAUAGAUUGCUGAAUAUGCGUAACCCACGCCAGUGUUGGUGAUUCCCGAUGAUUUGACAGAAGCUGGUCGAUAUUUAUCUAUAUUGUAUAUAACAUUUUCAAUCCGGUAGAAGAUGCUACAAGAACUCGUAUCUCUCAAUGCAUGAACCGUGAGAAAAUUUUUCUACAUUUCUUCUCUCCACUUCAUACUUCGAGUAUUUCACGGCCCUUUAAAAAAUUACUGUUUGGUAAUGAACGGUGCUGUGUGGAAUUUACCAAGAGAGAAUCGCAAGUUGACAAUUAUCGCAGAAAAUCGAAUCGACGAUUCUCGUACUAGGUUGCAAUAUUUCAAAACCCUUGUGUGGAGCAUUCACAUACAUUUUCAUAGACACAAUUUAUACAAAGGUUACAUGCACAUAGUUAAAAUAAGCGGCAAUAGUAAAAUGAUUCUAUCGCAAUUAUCGGAUCCCAAAACGAGAAUAAGCGACCGUUUGUUGCUUCAGAGAGAAUCCUCACAGAAGCGUGCUAACCUUUGAUUCUCAGACAGAUCAUCGGAAGAAAUUCACUCUCGCACUGGUGUCUAUUCUAUGUUAAAUGAUCCAUGCCGGUUUUUUUGUUUCUGCGAUGAUAUCCGUUUCUUUUUGAUGGCACUGAUUGAAUCGUGUUAAGAGUUGCUAGUCAGAGUGCUCACCGGCAUGCACACUUCGGUAUAAAUAUCUGCGUCCACCUAAAAAAAUCUGCACUAGCGCUCUCAUGAUGCUUGCAUACUCUAUAUAACAGUGGUGAAAAUGAGUGAAAGAUAAGAGCUCUCAUUGAUGUUGUCAGUGAGAGGGGAGAUAUUGCCUCUUCUUUCUACUCAUAGUAAGCAAUGUAAUUUGUCGUGGUAUCAUGUCAUGUCGAUAUAGUGUGUCGUUACACCUGAGAUCUUUUUGCACUGUUACAAGUCGGUAAUAAAUUAUGGCGAAUGUUUUCCGACCAUAAUUUUAACAUCUGAUUGAAUUCUUGGACAUAAGCUAUGACAGAAUUUUCGUUAGUUUCCGAUGUUUUCUCCAAGCGUAAAAAUGAAAACUGUGAAAAUAAAAACUACACCGAGUGGCAUAAAAUCAAUUUCAAUUUCUAUUGCUGUUGUAGCAAAGUUCCAAGGGGUUUGGAAACAUGGCAACACCCACGAGCUUCACUAAUAAGCAGAUUAUUUACUGGCAGAAACAUUUUGGUUAACGAGCUCACUUAGACUAACUCCUAACUGGGGAAAUUGUUUUACCAAUUAAACUACCCAAAUGAAGAGAAGAGAAAGACCAAUUGACUAGAAGAACCAAGCAUGCUUCGCCGUACUUGGUCACCACAGCAUUCACUUACAGUUCUAUAUCUAUCAGUGUCGGUUGCAAAUCAGAAUAGACACACACACAUUCAAUUCCGUCUCAUCGGCUUUAUUUUUGACUUUCACACUUUGAAUGGCAAUCAGCUGGCACCUUGAUUAGUACGUCUCAGUAUUGUUAUUUAGGUAGUCGUUUUUCUUCUACACAAAUACGAUAAUUUCUAACAUUCCAUGAAAGAUAUAGAAUCAAUUCACAGUGAAAUUUUACUAUAAAAAACAUUUAACAGUUACAAAACUACUCAAAAUAUUGCAGAGUUUGGCGGUUGGUUAACUUGGCUGAUGUCUACAUUUAGCAUAAAUAGUUUGAUACCAUUCUAUAGAUCACAGAGAAAACUAUUCGAUAACAGAUAAAAUUAGACAAAUGUGACUGUGCUUGAGUGAGAUUGUGCAUAUCGGUUGUAAAUAUUAAGAAUUAGAGUAUCAGUUUGUUUAUGAAUUAUUCGGAUACAGUUGAUAGAUAAAUAAUAAUCUAAAAAUAAUUUCGCUGAAAAAAAAAUGGAGAUCAUUCUUUUAAACAAGAAUUAAAGAAAUUAUUCGCUGGCAAGCUUUUAGCUAUGACAGAUAAGGGUGGAAUUUUAUGACAGAGCACAGACAUCGGAACUAGGAAAAUAUUUCAAUAAUUUAUGGUUAACAUUGAAAUGCCAAUCCCCUAAAAAAACCUUAUUUUUAUCCAAUGAUAAAAGUUCCUGUAAAGCUCAUUCAUUUCUCUGAUCAGAAAAUACUUUCCAUCCCUAGGUGCAACAUUGGGAACCUGUAUAAAAGGCGAAAUUGAUGAAAUCAAUAGCCUACCUGAGAUGUCGGAUGUUUCGAAUUACUCGAUUAUUCAAUCACAGAUAACAUAUAAACAGGCUCGAACAAAAUUUUUCAAAAUCCUGUGUAAAUUUUGAAUUUGCUAUACGUUGGAAACACUACUGCCAUCUACUUGACUAUCCGCCGCGAUCAUUCAAAUCGUUCUUCUACGUUCCGGAACGAUAACAAGAUUCUCCUGCCUGUUAUAGAAAUAUUCCAACUACAACAAUUUUAACACUUAUCACACGAUGUUCUUAAGUGUUAAAGACAACUUUAUUUCCAUGUCGCAUAAAUCACACGAAAAUUCGAUCGGAAUAAAACGACAAAAAAACCUGUCAUUUUAACCAACAGCAAAACAAAAAUCUAGCGUGAAGUGAAUGUUGCACCCAAAAUUGUGGCUCAUGUGAAAGCCGCACCCAAAUCUUGGUGGCACCUCGUGUCGAUCGUGGUGACAUCUCCAAGUGUUCGCCAUGCUGAUUGAGCAAAUUUUACACACAGUUCAUAUGUCAGCCUGUAUAUUUGUUUCUGUGUGUGUUUCUAUAGAAUUAUUAAACUAUUCAAUCAGUUCAAAAAUCGAAUAUUAGUUUCAAACUAAUAGAUUCAAUACCAAUCGAUUAUCUGGGUUAUUAAUCGAUUAUCUAUAGCUAAUCGAUCGACAAUCCUACAUUCCUAAAGCCUACUAAUCACUUCAUUUUUACUGACACCCUAAGGCUGUUACCAAGCUGCCACUGCAGAUGAGCUUUAGUUAAUCGCGUAAAUCACUAAAUGACGUGCUCACACGUUGGAAGCUUGGCCAGAAGAUAAUGGUAUUUAGUAUACUAGUAAAAUCGAAACACGAGUGAAAAUUCAAUGUGGUUGAAAAGGUUAUUGUAAUCAGAGAGAAAAAGGUAAAGAGAGAGGAGGGAGGGGUGUGACAUAAGCAUAAUUUUUCAAACCUAAUAAUAUAUUUCAAAGCAUCCAAGCGCACAAAUACAAAUACAAAUACAAAUCAACAGUUCAUGAUAAGGUAGUUUCAAGUGGCAUUCUACCCGCUUAUGGAUUCUGGAAACCAACUGGAAAGCGACAUUUUUUUCGCAUCUGUCAAAACCAGAGAUGCCAGGUAAAAAUUUCAAAUCAAAUCUGCGGACAGGGUUUCAAAAGUCUGUAAAUGUCUGCAGUCGGCAAGCAUGCCUUGCUGGCAGCAAUUUCUCUAUUUAGUAUGACUUGGCGAGCAAAAAACAAGGUCGCGGCAAUUUCAAAAGUCUGUAAAUUUGAACGAAAGUCUGCAAAAAACACGAUUUACAAAAGUCUGAACAACAAAUAAAGUCUGCAGCACUAUACCCGAAAUCUGCAGAUUUACAGACGAAUCUGCAGAUCUGGCAACUCUGGUCAAAACGUAUCUGCCAAAAUUUCGCUACCAAUCAAGACCUGACCUCUCCAUGGCUCUCAAGUACGGAACUGGUAGAUUUGGCUCUGACGGCAAAAGUCUGAAAGCAAUUUUCAUGGAAUUUACUGAGCAAAAUUCAUCCAUCGUGUAAUGCGCAUUUUAUACUUGAUUAGACUCCUGAGAAUAAAAUAUUUGCAUAGUUCGUUUCUCGCAGUACACACAUAAAAAUAAGUCCAGUAUAUAAAAACUAGUGAUGCCAUUUAUGCAGAUUUAUACCUGAAUUUACAGAUUUUUGAUUAACACCGCAGAUAUUUAAGGAUUGUACUUAUUUUCAAAUGUUAAAUGGACAUUUAUGAAAUUUACGUCUUUGGAGCAUUUAACUUUCACUUUUGCACGACAAAAUGCGAUAAUUUCUCCACUGUCACUGCAACAAUUUGAUUGCACAAACUUUUCAAAACCUGCUUAAAAAUUUAACCUGGCAUCCCUGAUGUGCACGGCAUAUGGAAUUUGUACUAAUAUUAGUGUGUGAGCAAAAAGUUCUUGUCAAAAUUUUUAGCGCAAGAGUCUAAAAAUUCAUAGAAUUGGCCAUAAAACGAAGUUUUACUUUCGAUUUAAAAAUUUACACACCUAGAAAAAAUCAUGUAAAUUUACGUCUUCAGAUUCUUCGAUAUAUUAGAGCGUCAACAGUGACAGUGACUUCGGAUAGAUUUUCAAAUGCUGAAACAUGCAAAUUUUCACUCAUUACUUGUUUUUAUCGAUUUUAAAAAUCAUAUACACUCUUAGAAAAAAUGAAAUUUACGCUUGACGUAAAUUCAAACAUGCCAUAAUUUCUUCGGUGAUGACACAAUAUUACAUCUACUAACAUGUAAAAAUAAACUUCGCGUCUAUAUCGAUGUAAGCUUAAGCUACAUUAACUGUGAAGUUACUGAUAUGACUUAUCUUUACAUGUUUUGAAUCGUGAAUGUAAGUGAAUCUCGACGCUCCAUUUAUGUGCAUCUAUAAAGAUGUAAACUUUUCUUAGUGUGCACUUUCCACAUCAUCCGGUAGAUUGGUUUCAUAUCUACGGGGUAAUACCGGAAAUUUUUCGUAUGAUAAAUGUAAAGCUACACAGCGAAUAUGUAUGACAUUUACAGGUGACGCAAAUGUACACUCUUAAAAAAAUUGAAUUUACGCUUGACGUAAAUUCAAGUAUACCGUAAUUUUUUUGCGACGAUGACACAAUAUUACAUGGACUAACAUGUAAAAAUUAAAUUUUGCGUCUGUAUCGAUGCAAGCUUCAGCUAAAUUAACUGAGAAGUUAAAGAUAUGGCUUAUCUUUACAUGUUUUUAAUUGUGAAUGUAAGUGAAUCGCAACGCUCCCUUUAUGUGCAUCUAUUAAGAUGUGAAUUUUUCGAAGGGUAAUUCGUAAAAUGACUGAAUGUUACAAGAAUGAUUCGAAUAUGUGUCAAUCAUACCACGCCUUACAAGCAAAUGUCAGUGUAGAAAUUUAUGACGCUCGGAUAUGUCGGACUCGGAAGACGAUUUUUGCUAGGUGUGUGAGUAGUGGGCACAGUUACUUUUUAAUAUUGGAAAGGACACUCAUCCUUUUGACAUACUAUCACCGAUUUGUUACGUUAUUGUUUACUAUUUCGUUGAAUUAUCAAAUUUUAAGACGUAUGAUACUAAAAAUAGCUAGAAUCUAAUCGAAUUAUUUUCUCUUUGAUAGUUUAAGAAGUAAAUUUGAGCAUGUGUAUGCGAAUGAAGGAAUGUUCGAAGCGAUGUUAGAAAACAUGUAGAUGACAUAUAAUCGUAUUGAAUUAAGAUUAAAUUUAAAAUGACUACUUGAGGUGUACUCACUCUCAAUGGCUGUGUUGACAAUAAUAAAACUCUAGCCUGUAAGAAUAUAUUGAAAUCGUUUGAUUGAUCCUAAUAAAUCAAUCGCGAUCUAUUAGUUUACUUACCGAAGAAAGAUUCUGUUGUACAUUGUUGUUAAGUUUCAAUCGUUUAUCGAGAAUGAUAUAUAAAAUAUUUGACCGAAAAUCAGUCGUGAAACAUUUCCAUACUCCAAAUUACCAUUUAGCUUAAGUAUUACGUUCAUGUAUGAUUUGGGUUCAUUUAUCAAUCAUCAAAACAAUGAAACCAUUGCGAAAGUGACAAAUACAAUAAAAUAUAGUAUGUAAGAAAAAGAAAAUGCUGAUUGGUUAUUACGGCAGUGAGAAGAAAAAUCAAGAUUCGAUAAAGGCUAAGUUAAUAAUCGAAAAUCGGUAAUAGGCUCAUCAAUAGAACACAACUGAACAAAAUGAAUAGUGUCGAUAAUUGUGGAGGAAGAGCGACCUGUACAUACAUACUAGUCUCGACGCAAUCAAUACAAAGUGUAUAGCAUAGUUACUACGCUCGUGUAGCCACGGGUUAGUUCCUUGUACAUAACCUACGGAGAAAAAAAAAGUUAGAUCUUAGGCUCUGUUUCGUUCACAUAAAAAAGAAAACAUAGAAUCGGUUCAGAUCCAGUACUGAAAGUAUAAUAAAGCGGGUAUUCGUAUAGUUACCAAAUACCGAUAAACGAUAUUUUUCUCUCUUGCAAAAUUAACGGUGACCCCCAAAACGAGAUCAAUUCAAUCUUUAGUGGAACGUAGUGAUUUAGUUAGUCAAAAGUUGUAUCUAUUUAUGUUCACUGAUUCCGUUCGAUUUGCUUAAAUCAUAAGCGAAAAUUGUAAAUUGUCAAAAAAUAAACGUGAAAUCCAUCAGAAAUAAUAAUUUAAGUUAGGAUGUCGAACUUGGGCAGCUGCCAGUUGAAUCCUCCCUUUCUAGUAAGUCAUCCUUCCCACGAGCAAAUCAUACCCUAUAUAUAAAAAUCAAUGCCAUUACUGAGAAGACUUUGAAGUAUGUAGAAAUUUACCAAAAAAUAAAAAAGACAUAUUCUAUCAGUUGUUGUGUCUUCGGCAAACGGUUUUAGUUCACUAUACUUGAAUGUUGUUAAAUCUUAAAGUGUUUAUUGCGCCAUAACCGAAUCGAAUUGUUCAGAUGUUAAACAAACAAAAAAAACGCAAAUAAAUGAAACCUGUGCAAGACAGAUACCGUAUUUAAACAACAAACAAGAAUAUAAAGACAAACAUUAUAUCAAACAAAUUAGUAUUUAAUUGUUUUACAUUACUUAUAGCGGCAGAAAAGCCCUAGCCUAAUGAAUUCACGAAUACUACCUAUCAUAGUAUCCCCUGUAAAAAAAACAAAACAAAUUGAACAAACGCUAACAUACUUUACGGCAUUAAUCAUAUGUAUAAUCAUGUGGAAAAUCUAAGUUUCUUCAUCGUGUUCACAUCCCGGUAGUUUAAGGUUCGUGUAUUUAGAUCAAUAAAGAAAAGUGACAGUCUCAGCGAGAUAUCGACGACGGUGGCAGGACUCGUUCGAUGUGAAAUUGAAAGACAAUAAUGUCAUUGUUUUGCAUCGCUGAACGAGAGCCAAGGACGCGUCGAAGACAGAUAAACACAACAGCAACAUUAUAUAGAAUCAAUGAAGUAUUAAGAGACUACACAAUAAAGAUACGUAUAUUAAACUGUUGAAGAAA